AUGGGAGACUCUGGCUGGGAUGAUCUCUUUGCCAUGGCAGAGGGUAGUGGGGACACUGCUGCUGAUUCAGCCUACCAGCAACCAGCAGAUGAACCUGUAGUCAGGGAGAAGCCCAGGAAAUCCCGCAAACGAAGACGAAAGGAGAAGGAAUCCAAAAAAUCAACACAGGAUCGAAGCAAAUACUACCAAGAGGCUUUUCAGGGUAUGCUGCAGUCUCGCAUACAUGAAUCUGCUGCAUGGCCCGAUUGGAUAUCUCUGGGAGGUUCGCUGUCGUCGACCCAAGAGUGUACCAAGUUUCAUGCGUCUUCUUCCCACGAGUCUGCCUCCGACAAGGGUAGCCUCUGCAGUCACUGCCAACAAUCUGCUUCGUGUCACGAAAUCACCUCAUCCACAAAACAUCCCUGCUUGCAAACAUACUGCCACUUACGAAAUAUUCGAUGCAUUGCCAAGGUUGCCAUCCUCUCAAACACCCUGACAAAGAGCCUACCAGAUACCACCACAGCUAUGCUCCAGAAUCAAUUAUCCAAACUCAAUCGGGCAUUUUCUUCGUCGCAGUCAUCCCUCAUUCACAAUUCCCACGAAGUUUCCCUGUUGGAAUCUAAAAAGAUCCAACUAGACAAAUCGGCCAAGCUGGUCAUGUCUACCCGCAAGGAAAACCCGUUCGUAGAUUUGGUACGCCUCAUUAUUGGCUGUGACGACCUCUAUUACAGACUUUAUUAUCUGCAAAUCACCAACCAAUUGACACCCAUGGCAGCAGAACCUAAUACAGAUAGCAUUCCAGAAGAUCAAUAUCUUUUUCUACCCCACCCAUCCGAGCACCAUGGUUCCUUGACAGCAGCACCCUCAGUCGAGUCCGAAGCAUGUCAAGACUUGUUGGAAAGACUGAACAAGGACGACGACGAAACAUUGCUCCAACACGUGGGUUUCCCAGGAUCCGAGGAAGCAAAGCAGCAUCCGCUCGCCGCCAUUCAAAGAUAUCGGUUCCUGGAAACUGUCGUCAUCUUUUAUCAAAGUGGAUGGUGCCAUUGGGAAACGACACGACAACAAGUACUUCGAUCACUCAACAACAUCAAGGACGACGAUGAAGAACACGAGACACCUGCACCCACUAUUCUUCGGGAAUGGAGAGAUUCUUGUCGUGACUUUCUGUGCCAUCUCUAUGCAUAUGCCACACUCUCUGCAACGAGUUUGGAUACCAUGGCUCGUUUUGCCAAGGAGGGUGGCAUUGUGGAAUACGGAGCUGGAACGGGCUAUCUGGCGACCAUUCUUGCCAAAAAUUACAAUGUAAGGGUAAAUGCAUUUGAUGUAUGCCCCAACAGCAACAACAAUGAAACUGAGAAAUCGGGCACACACAACGACUAUCACGGACUGACACCAUGCUGUACCAAGGUUAAGCAAGGCGACGUUGCCACUCUUGCUAAAGAUUUGAAACAAUACACCAUCAACGCCCGUAAUGUUACGCUACUGCUGUGCUACCCUCCCCCGAAAUCGUCCAUGGCGUUGGACACGUUGAAAGCCUUUGUGCAACAUGGUGGCACGUCCUUUAUCCAUAUUGGAGAAUUCAAGGGCUUGACUGGCUCUCCAGAAUUUGAACAAUACCUGCACGACAAGUUGGAAUGCGUCCAGAGAUUUCCGUGUCCUAGCUGGGGCACGGAUGCUGCAGAAGUCACCAUGUGGACAACCAAAAAGACAAAUGAUGGCAGCAAGAAGCGACCUCUCCUGCCAUGCUCCUUUUGUAAGAAACGGGAAGCCGUACGAAGAUGUCGUCUGCUUCGAUACUUGGUGUACUGUGGCAAAAAAUGCUGCAAACGGGAUGCCGAGGCACGUGGGAAACAGUUGAGGUUGCACAUGAUUGAUCUCGGCCCCAGUAUUCGUUUAGAGUUUCAAGAUGACAGGCAGUUUGAAGUGCUGUAA